UAACCAUGAAGAAGUUCUUUCUGAUGUCCAGCCUAAAUCUACUCUCUAUUAGCUUGUGGCCAUUGUUCCUGGUUAUUCCAAGGAUGCCCUGGUAAACAGGGCAGCCCUUGGUAAAUAUAUAGCAUCCAGUUAAAAUCCAAAGCAGGAAACUGCUUGGGUACCUUAUGUCAUAGACCAGACACCCACCAUUUAGGUUUUAAUCUCCAAAGGUACCCUCUGCUGUCACCUUCCAGCUGUUUUGGGCAAUAGCUAAUACACUGAUUCUCAACCAGAGUGCUUUUGCUCUGUUAGGUGUGCAAAAAUAAUUCAGAAAAUAAACCCAAAGACUUCAAAUAGCAUCACAACCAUUCUGACCUGCUGUGAUAUUUGUGAGUUCUUUGCACCUGAAAAAAUGCUCUAUUAUUUUUCUGUAGUCAAAAAAUAAAAACAAAAAUCUAGUAUUUUCCAAGGGAUGCCUCAAGUCUAACAAGGGGUGCCUUUAGCAUAAAAGUUUCACUAGCCUUGGCAGCAGUUGAUAGGUGUGGAUUCCAACAACUGUCUAGGGCAACUGGGGAAGCUCGUGGCUGUAAAGCCUUCCAAAGUGUUGCAGCAGUAUGUCGAUAAUGGCAGCACAUGUUUUUGUUUGCUAUAGCCCUAAUGGUUAAUUUGCUUAUACCAAAAUAGUUUGCAACAGACCUGUACAAGUGAACAUAGUAAGUUUUGAGAUGCAGACAGUCAUGUUCUGCUUUGCAGCCAAGGAGAAGUUUUCUAUCAGUGUGCUGCAUCUGCAGAUCUGGGGUAAGCUGAAUGGAGGUUUCCUCAAAAGUGGCCCUCAUCAUCUUAAAGUUCUGCUGCUUCUGUUUAUCCUAGGUCUGCAGCAUAAUCCUCUGUCACGAGUUCAUGGUUGUUUUUGAGCCAGCAGUCCACACUGUAGUGGAUGCAACAGCACUUGCUUCUGGAGCAUCAUCAGGAUCAUGUCAUUUUCUUUACCCAUAUUGCCUUUAUCACCUGAGCAGGGCUCCCAGGCUCAUAAACUGCCAUGGAAAGGGAAUAUCUGCAUCCAAACUUGUUGUGGCUGAUCCUGGUUCGACAUCAUCCGCUAGAACUGGCCAUGGAUACAUUCCAUUGUGUAGGACAUCAAAACAGUAGAGUAUUCCUGACCAGCAGGGUAGCAAGGACUCCUUUGCAUCUGGCAUGUGCAAAUGGACAUCUAGAUAUUGUUUCCUAUUUAAUUGAGAACAAGUGCAAGCUAAAUCUCUGUGACAACGAUAGCAGGUCACCAUUAAUGAAGGCAGUACAAUGCCAACAAGAAAAAUGUGCAACUCUGCUGCUAGAACGUGGCGCAGACCCUAAUCUUUAUGAUGCUAACUGCAACACGGCCCUUCACUUUGCUGCCUGUAUUCCUAAUAUAUCUCUAGCAAUAGAGUUACUUGAGCAUGAUGCUGAUAUUGAUGCACAAAAUAAGGAUGGGUACACACCUCUUACCUUGGCUAUAACUGAAAAUCAUCAAGGGAUGGUAGAGUUUCUUCUUCAAAAAGGAGCAGAUGUACAUGCUGUAGAUAAGUCUAAGAGGACACCUCUCAUGAUUGCUGCUUCUGGUGGAGAGCUUAGUUUAAUAAAAAUUCUGCUUGAGCAUGGUGCAGAUCUUUCCCAUAAAGAUGUAAGUGGAUGUACAGCUGAGGAUUAUGCUCAUCUUGGUGGAUAUUCUGGUCUUAGUAAGCAACUUUCUGAAUAUGCCAGAUGGAAAACUGUGGAAAAACCUUCUCCAGGCAAUACAAAAGGCAUGUCAGUGUUUAGCAGUCCAGACAGAUUUGGAGAUCUUGGAGAUGCUCUGGGUGCCCCUGCCACAGAUAAAGAAGAAAUGCAGCAAUCUCCCAACCAGACAUCAAGAACAAGAGAUUCAGGGAAAGUUAUAGAUGACCUUUCCCAAGGAGACUCAGUAAGAAGUUCUGAAAAAGGUGAAGGUGAUGACAGCUGGCUUUCUUCAGAAGAAGAAGAAUUAGAUUUUACCCCCAAGAAACAGCAGAAACCAAACUUGAGUCUGCUAUUGAGUGCUUCCCAGAAAUUCAAGGAAAACAUAGAUGAGAAAAGUAGCAUUAUGAGAACAGAACAUGUAGCCAUUUCACUGCAAAAUAAAUCAGAUUGUGAAGCUGAAGAGAUCACUGAAUCCCCUCCUAAGCCUUUGUCCCAAGUCAAGUCCUUCCCUCAUCCCAUCCAUCCCUCACCCGGCUCCUUUUCAAAACGUUCCCAGAUGGCUCCUCCUCUUCUGGGCUUCACACAGGAAGAAUCAUCAGAGGAGGAGGAGGAGGAAGACAAUGAAGAGCAACUGCAAGCUUCAAAUGUGGAUAAAAAUUUGAUUAAUGUUAACCCUGAAGUACAAAAUCCCUCAGAAAAUGUGUCUGUUAGGAAAAAUAUGAUGUCAGCAUUAGGAUUAGAAGAGGAGGAAGAUACAGAAUCACCCUGGGAUUCAGAGUGUGCCUCUGAAAGCCCAAGAAAACCAUCAGCUGGUUUGUUGGCUUUACCUGCAUUCAGACCUGAAACACAUAUGCAGAGUAUUUCAGAGGAACCAAACAAAGACACAUUUUACAUACCUUCUUUCAUAAGAGGAUCAAGAAAUUAUAAGAUGACUAAAAUAGAGGAUUCAAGAAGUUUAGUCAGGCCAGUAGAACACGUGGAUUUUUCAGAGAAACACAGUGAUUCACAGCAAAAGUCCAUUCGAGAAAUCAUAGAGACAAAUGACAGCUCUUACCCCACAAAAGUGAGGGAGACUGGGGAGAGGCAAAAAUCAGAUUUAAUGGAAGAAUUUGGUUUAGAUGAUGCAGAUGAUAUUGAAGAUGCAUCAGACUGGGAUUCUACCAGUGUUUCACUUAAAAAUUUACCCAAUAAUAGAAGUUCCAAGGUCAUGACAGUUGGGAAUCAUUCAUCUCCAUUGUCAGCAUUGACAGCAAAAAAUGAUGCAGCAGGAACAGAUUGCAGAAUUACUCCUCCAAAAUUAGAAGAAAUGUCAAAUGAUCAAACUGAGGCUUCUCCCCAAAAUACCAGUUUACACCUUGUCCAAAAGCUAGUAACUCCAAAGAGCAAAGAUGAAUUGCCAGAACCUGCUGUUAACGUGUCUCUGCCAGACAAAAAGGGGCUCAAAGAUGCAGGUGAAAAUUGUGAGAAGCAGGAUAAAUAUAUAUUAGACACAACCAACUUAAUAGAAAAAACAACACAUGAAAAUCAGACUGACAAAGCAGAGAUUUCACUUUCACAUCAGAAAACACUAGAACAAAAUGAAAAAUCAAACAGUGAGCUUGUGCAAGUGAAUCCAAAACUUUGGGAGCAAAGAUAUGAAAAAAUGUGGAUUGAAAAUGAAAAAAGGGAUUUGAAAACAAAUUUUAAAAACAUUACAGCAGAGUUAAAGCAGAUGUUUGGUGAAAUUAAUGAAACUGAGAAAACAACUACACCUACAGAGGGGACAUCAGAAGAUGGCUUCAGUGAAGAACUGGAGAGCAUUCAUGAAGCUCCACUUAAACUGACAAAACCCACCAAUCACACAAAAAGAAAAGGUGAAUUUGGGGAUUUGCAGUCUGUACUUGAACAAAAGGAAUCCAGCUAUGAAAACUUAAUUCCAAAGUCUCCUGAUCAGUAUGUUUUCAAGGCAAGCUGCGAACCUAUUUGGAAUGUAAAUGAAGAAAGUUAUACUAAAGAUGAAGUAAGUACAAAAAUAGCAGAAACUAAAGAGGUGGAAGACCAAGUGUCUGACACAGAAAUAAAAAGAAAUGCAGAUGGAAAUACAAUUUUAGAGAGAAACGUUGAUUAUUCACAAAAGUACAUUUUGGAAGAAAGCAUUUUGGAGAAAAGUUCCCAAACUCUUGAUAUCUUAAGACCUGUUUCUACAGAUGAUAAAAAUAAGCUAUCUGGUAUAGUGAAGAGGAAUAUUGAAAAAGACUUAUCCCAGUUUAAUGACAAUGUCCCCAAAGACUGCUUUGUCAGUAAUCCUAAAAUUAGCAAAACAGAAUUUGAAAAUAAUUUGAAAACCUCUCAACAAUCUUGUGAUGACACGUUGAAAAGGCAGCUGGAUGAAGAACUGGAGCAAGAUAUGGAAAGAUUUAAGAAUGAGGUAGGAAUGCUACAAGUAGUAUUCCUGGCUUUGGAGAAAGAGAAGGUACAACUACAAAAAGAGGUUGCAGAGGAAAAGAGAAAGCAGAAGUAUGAAGAAAUGGAAACAGUGGAGAAAAAAGAUGAUGUUGAUAAACCAAACAUAUCAAAUUUGACUGGAAGCACUGUUAAUCUGCAGAUGAAACAGAAGGUGGUUGUAAAGGGCAAUGAGCCUUUUAAAAAAGAAAAUGAAGAAACCAUAGAUGAAGAAAAACUAAAAAUGGUCCUUUCGUCCAAGGAGAGAGCAACAUUAAAUCAAAUAUCAUUGAAGAGUAAGCCUGCCUUGACUAUGAAAGACCUAAAGAAAAGUAAAAACAAAAAGCGGAUUUCAAAGCAAAGAGCUAAUCAGCAGAUGAAUUCUACCAGUGGAAGCCAGUUUGAUGAUAGCACUUUGAGUGAAACUUCUCAGGAUGAAGGAAGACCCGGAACCAAAUCAGUGAAUGAGAAGAAUAUGAUCACAUCCAGGGAUGUUGCAGAUGAUUUAGAUGAUUUAACUCAGUCUUCUGACACGCCUACUGAGGACCUAGAGUUGCCUACUACAACCUACAAAGAAGCAAUGUUGCUGAUAGAACAGCUUACUGUGGACAGUAAAGAUUCUGUUAUUCUCUUGAAAAUUCAGAACAUACUUCAUGGAUAUGAACGAUUAAUAGAACGUGAAAAGGGUCGCUAUACCCAGCUCUUGGGAAAAGUAAGAAAACUUGAGAAUGAAAAGAAAGAACUACAGUUAAUAUUGGAAGAGACCAGAGAAUUGAAAUCCAGACUGGAUCACCAGAAAAUGGAAUGGGAAAGUGAUGUCAGCAGUCUCAAGUUUACUCUGAAACAAGAAGAAGAAAAGAGGAUGAGUUCAGAAAUUCUAUAUGAAAAAAACAGAGAACAGCUAAGAAAGAAAGAGGAUCAAUACUGUAAAGAGAUGGAGGAGAAACAACAACUUGAGCUAACCCUCAGGGGUCUAGAAAUGGAGUUAAGAACAUUGAGAAAUCACCUUAAACAGGUUGAAGAAGAACGUAAUGAAACACAGAGACAACUCUCUCAGGAAAAAAGUGCCAGAGCUCUUCAAGAAGGUAUUUUAAACAACCACCUUUGGAGGCAGAAGGAAAUAGAAGAGGAAACUAGAAUAACUAUAGCUAAGAGUGCAGAAAUACCUGAUAAUCAUGACAGAGAAAAGGAUUUGUUACACAAAAAUCAGAUACUGCAAGAUGAAAUUGCUAUUCUAAGAAUAGAACUUGAUCGGAUAAGAAUUCAGCACCAGGAGGAAGAAACUAAAUAUUUGGAAGAAAAUGAAGCCUUGAAAGAAAAAAAUGAAGAUCUUAAAAAGGAACUAAAACUAAAUGAGGAAGCUCUAACACAGACGGUUUUUCAGUACAAUGGACAGUUGAACGUAUUAAAGACAGAAUCUACAAUGCUAACCUCCAAAAUAGAGCAGACAAAAGAAAACAAAGACAGGCUGGAAAUAGAGCUUGAAUCAUUUCGUUCUCGUUUGAAUUCUGCUGUUCAAGAACUUGAACGCUGUCAGGCAUCAAAAAGCGAUGUCGAAAGGACAUUGCAAAGAGAGCGUGACGAGUGGCUUCGUUUACAAGACAAGCUUAGUCAUGACCUCUCAAAUCUACGAGAGACCAACAAUAGCCUGUCUCAGCAGCUUAGUAAGGCUGAAACCAAAAUUAAUGGUUUAGAAAAUGAACUUCAUCAAGUAAUGCAAACUGUUAGAGAAAAAACCUUGCUUUUAGAGAGCACUCAAAGAGAACUAAACCAGGCACAGUGUCAGGCAAAGGAACAUGAUCAUGCUCGACAAAUGGAUAAAGAUCAAAUAAACAAGUAUUUUGUAAAACAGGAAUCAAUGCAAGAACGAUUGGCUCAGCUCCAAAGUGAAAACCUUUUACUCCGGCAGCAACUGGAAGAUAUGCAAAAUAAAGGGAUUAUUAAAGAGAAAGUAGUGAGUGAUGUCCAAGACAGAUUUAAUGAUAUUUUCAAUAAGCUUAGAGCUGAUACAGAAAAACAAGUUCAUAUGGUAGAAGAAAGAAAUAAGGAAUUAAUCACUAAAUGCAAUACUUUAAGAGAUCAAGUCUUUAAAUAUGAAACUGAGAAAGUUGAAAGAGAGGGGAUGGUAAGACAACUGCAGCAAGAACUUGCUGAUGCUCUUAAAAAACAGUCAAUGUCUGAAGCUUCACUGGAGGUUACAACACGUUAUCGAAACGACUUGGAAGAGGACAAAAUGCACUUGCAAAAAGAAAUAGACAGGAUUAAAUCCAAGCUGCAAGAAUCAGAAGAACAGUAUAUUCAAUCUGAGCGACAUGUUCAUGAUUUGAAAAAUGCAUUGGACAGCAAGGAACGGGAAGUGAUUGCUUCUUCUCAGAAACUGGAAGACCUUUUAGUAGCAUCAUCUGGAACGAAUAAUGCUAUAAAACAACUGGAAGAACAUGUACAACGACUUGAAAUUGAAAAUGCCAGAUUGGAAGCUACAACUAAACAGCAAACAAUCAGAAUUGAGGUACUUCAGAAAGACCUGCAGGAAUCUGUCUCAGUCCAAAAGCAAAACAUGCUUUCAAUGACAGCACAAGAUACACGUAAUAUGUGGGAGGAGGAACUUCAAUCAAGAUCCAGACUUGGAGUUCGACUUUCUCAGCUUGACAGGGAAAAGGCUGAGAUAUUGGAGCAGCAUGAAAGUGAAAGGAAAAAAGUGAAGAAGCUAUUGGAGAUAAAACGAUCGGUGGAAGCCCGGCUGGAUCAAGAGAUGAAAAGAAAUGGUGAACUGCAAAAAGAGUGUUACGGAAUCAAGAAACUUCUAAAAACAGCUAAGAAGAAAUUAAAAGAAUAUGAGAGCAAAGAAAGUGAGUUGCAGUUUAGUUUCCAAGGAGAAUUGAAGAACAAAUAUUCUGAAAUGGAUGGUGAAGUUAGUAGAUUAAAAACAAAGAUAGAUGAACUAUCCCAGCAGCUGAAAACAGAGUCAAAAAAAUCUACGCAGCUAGAAUCUGCAAAUCAUGAUUUGCGAGAACAGUUGUCUUCUAUGAAGAUACUACAUAAGAAUCAUGAAAAGCUGGAAAAGAAUAAAUGGCAGUUGGAAGAAGAAGUUGCUAACCUCAAACGCCAUGUAGAAACGAAUAUGAUGGACCACAAUCAAAUAGAACACUAUAAAAGAGAGAUUGAAGAACGAGCCAGACAAGAAAUAAGACAAAAACUAGAAGAAGUCAAUUUAUUUUUGCAGACACAGGCAGCCUCCCAAGAGACAUUAGAACAAAUAAGAACUACUAAUAAUGCUUCUCUGAGAAACCAACUGGAACACAGAAUGAGAGAUCUGGAAUCUGAACUUGCUAGAAUAAAAAACACUCAGCAAGACAGCAUUUUGCAAAAGGAGUCCACCCAGACAGAAUUGGAAAGGUACAAAGACCUGUAUAUGGAGGAAUUAAAAAUUAGAAAAUCCUUGGCAAGUAAAUUAGAAAGAGCUAAUGACAGGCUAGCAGAGGCCAAUGCUAAACUCCUCCAUGAGCGUCACAAGAGCAAAUCUUUAAUUGCCAACAGCAUUGUAAAUGGAAGUCUGACUGCAAGUCCAGUUCUGGAUACAGCUCAGCUUGGAAAUCUCGGCAACAAUUUAGCAUUAAAUAGAAGUCUUGGUCUUGGAGGAAGCUUUAUAAAUCCAGCUGGAAAUGCAUUAUCUUCAAAAAACAGAGUGGAAGCUUAUCUGGCUAAGAUGCAGCAGGAACUGGAAAAAAAUAUCAGUAAAGAACUUGACCAAGCCAAUGCUGAACUCGAAGCUGGAUCUGUAAGAGUCUCUCCUGUGGGAUCUACUGAUGGAUCUUCAAAAAACCUAAAUGUAGAUCAGGAUCCAGUUUCCAGGGCAACCCAGCAGUAUCUAGAUGUGUUAAAGAAAAAUUAUAUGAUUUGAAUAAAACACUAAUGCAAGUUUGUGAAAAUGACUUCGUUUACAUAACACUUUAAUGGUUUUCCAUUAAGUGGUACAGCUGUGAAAACCUUCAUUACAAUUUAAAUACGAGUUAUAAAUGUAUUACAUGACUAUCAGGCACGUUGCACUUGUCUUCAACACUGCAUAAAUGUAUAGUUUCUUUUACAUUUAUUAUGAAAAGCCAUACCUGGUUUCAGUUGCAACUAGCAUAGCAAAAUCAGACCAGUGUUUUGAGUUUCACAGAACUGCAAAAAUAUUAGGUACAUGGACAUGUGAACAGUUUAUCAUUGGGCAAAAGCCAUCAGGGCUUUACCAUGUGUCAGCUCCUCUACACUAACUCCCUAUGUAUAUAUGCUUACCUCAUAAUAAGAGGAAGAUGGAUAAACAUAGUUCUCAAAGAAAGAGGGAUAAGUUGAUGCAGUAGGUAAAAACUGAACUGCAACUGCAGGCUUACUGUUUACCUUUCACUUAUGGUAAAGCCCUACCCUUUUGCCUUGUAAUACACUUGUAGGUACAUUUGUAUGUCCAUUCCCUGAGUUGUAACAAAACAUGUAUUGAGUUUUGUCAUAUUCAUACUGCGAUGUAUUUUAACCAAAGCAUUCCCUGAAAUCUGUUUUCCAUUCUACAUAUAUUUAAUGUUUCUCUUAAUCUUGUCUUUAGUGGCUGUUAGUAGAUAUCUGAUGCAUCUGUUUCAUUCCCUGUUCUUCAGUCUUAACACAGGAAAACUCCUAAGGAUUCAUGGAAAUUUUAUCUAUAUUAAAGCUGGAGAAUUAGACAAUUUGCAUUACUGUCACGUUUAUACCAGUUAAUAUUUGAGUUUUAAAAUUCUAUACAUCUAUAAUAGUGCCAAGAAAUUUGUAGUGUAUGUUUUAUAUGGUACAUGAACUUAUCAGUACAACACAGUUACUUUUUAAUUAAAUGAUACUGCAACUCAGGGCAGUCUGAGUUGCUAGAUCACCAUUAUUUCAUGUUUACCACUCUUUUCUAUAGUUUAAUAGAGUAAUUAAUAUAUAUUGUGUUGUGCCUACCUCUAGGUUUCUCAAUGUUUUCCAGAGCUGGUGCAAUAAGAUGAGCAGAGUUUUUCAUUAUUACCAAAAUCAGAUUACAUUCUGGGUUUGUCUGACAGCACAGGAAAGCUGUCAGACCAUGUUCUCUCUCACAUGGCUUAUAGGCUCUGCCUGGUUUCAUUGCAGCAGCAGCUGCCAGCAAGGUAUGCAGUGUAUCCUGGGAGGCACAGUUUGUUAAGGAGGCCAUAGCUCCCAAUAGUUAGCAAGGACACUACAUGCAGUCUCUGGCAGCUUUCCUGUGACAACAGAAACCUUCUGUCACUUGCAGACCAGAGCAUGCAUUCCUCUGGUCUCCAAGAACCUGCUCAGAACAGAGAUUCUGCCACAGUAGGGAAGCUGGAAAUGGGGGUUUACCUGUGGUUUUACCAGGAGAAUGUGACUUCUGCUGGCAAAACUAUGUAGUAUAAACCAAGCCCUCAGUUCUAAGCCUGGUAAGCCAGUCUUACCAGAAUCCCUGCUUCAGUGACCCAAGCUGUUUUAUUUAUAUCAGACAAUCAUAUGCUGUUGCGGAAAACCGUUUAAAAACUAUUGCAUGUCUUUUUAAAAGUCUCUAGUGUUAUUGUCAAAAGAUUCUGAAAUGGAGAGGAAUAGGACUCGAACAGCUUCCCCUCCCCUUAAAAGUCCAAGAACUAAACUAACUCACCAUGGUGAAAAUCUGUGCCACCAUGUAUCUCCACCACUUUUUAAGGAAUAAAGCAGUUUUGUAUAGUCGGUGUACUGUAUUGAAUUGUAAAAAAUAAAAAAUGCAACUUUCUAUUUAAUAAAUUUUAAAAUGGAAUGUGUAUCUCUUGCUUUUGGUUUCAUCUGAUUUCCUUUCCAGGCUUCAUUCAUUUUUUUCUUCUAUCUUUUUGUGCCUGUGUAUCCUUUUUCUUCGUUACCCUUCCCAUCUGUUCCCCCUCCUCCCCUAUGGCAGAUCUCACUUGUAGUACUGGGUCCUCUUUUGUGUCUCUUCUUCUCCCUGAUGAUAGUUAACUUUGUACUUCUCAUUUUCUGAUGUCCUCCAUUCUAGCUGUUAUAAGCACAAUGUAGGGUGACCCCAUCCUAAUUCUUGUAACUCAAAAUUUAAAAUCGUCCUGAGCAGGUUGGUUUUUCAACCCUCAUGUAUAAUGUAUUGGGGAAAUAUUAGAACAUAUUUCCCCAAUGAAAAAUAUGGUAUAAAUUAGAAUGACCCCAUUGACCAAUGCAACUACAUUGAUUUACAUCAGCUGAUGAUCAGAUCGUCAUAUGCUAGAUCAAGAGACCCCAGCAAAGACUUCCAAAAAUG